AUGGCAGGUGGCAGUCCAGCAGCCAAGAGGGUAGUGGUGUACCGGAAUGGGGACCCCUUCUCCCCAGGCCCCCAGCUGGUGGUGACUCAACACUGCUUCCCCACCCUGGAGACCUUCCUCUGUGAUGUGACAUCGGCUGUGCAGGCCCCACUGGCCGUGCGUGCUCUCUAUACGCCUUGUCAUGGCCACCCUGUCACCGACCUGGCAGACCUGCAGAACGGAGGGCAGUAUGUGGCUGCUGGCUUUGAACAAUUCCGCAAGCUCCCCUGUUUACACCCUAGGGGGGAGGAUCCAGGUGGGAAGAGCAGCAGACUACCAGGCCCUCCUGUGAUUCAGCAGCCAUGUGAUGGGGCCCUUGGACAGCGGCUACCUGCAGGUUCCCCCUGCUGUAUCCAUGUGUUCAGGAAUGGGGACCUGUUCAGCCCCCCAUUUAGCCUGAAGCUGUCCCAGGCUGCCAGCACGGACUGGGAAGCAGUGUUGAAACCUGAGAAGGAGAAAUUACAGAGCCCGGCUGUGCGCAAACUCUGCACCCUGGAUGGGCUCCCACUGUCAGCAAGGGAGGCUCUGGUGAGUGGCCAUUACUAUGUGGCUGUCCGAGAGGGGUUCAAGGCCCUCCCCUAUCUGGUGCCUCGUCCCUCACUGCCCAGGGGCUGCUGGCAACCCCCAGACCCAAAGUCCAGGCUCCACAGCAGCGGGUAGGUGAGGCAGGGGGCCGAUGGCCACAGAGCACAGGCAACCCAGUCCUCUCCAAAGGAAGCCAGGCAAAUUGAGCCAUCUGCUUUUUAUGCCAGCCCCCAGCAAGCUUUUCCGCAUGCAUCUGGCCUGUAACUUCCCACAUCAGGAGUCAAGGGAGUGUAUGGGGCUCCCCAUGCAAGGACGGAGAUAGCAGGGGCCCAGGGAGUAGCACAUGAUGAAGCCACCUGGACAGAGGCGCCCCUGGAUCAGAGGGCAGCACAGGUAGUGGAAGAGGCCCUGAUCCUGGAAAGCCCCGGAGCUGGGGCAGCUCUCUCGGCCUUGGCCCCUGCUCUGCCAUCUUGA